GGUGCGCGUUUGUCCGGGAAGGUCCGGGAGUCAUGAGAGAAAAAUAGAUUUUCCUCAAUUCACACAAGAAAAAAUACUCAUUUUAUCCUCAACGCAAGCUCAGAAGGAUGAUACCAGAAACUCUGUUGUUUGCUUUUGCUCUCUUCGACACGGGAUUCGUGCUGUUUGUCCUCGUUUACUAUGUGAUAAUCCUCUCGGAUCUCGAGUGUGACUACCUUAAUGCUCAACAGUGCUGCUCAAAGUUAAAUUUCUGGGUUCUUCCUCGUGCUGGAGCGCACGUCUUCCUCGUCAUCUUUCUGAUUAUUAAUGGGCACUGGUGGCUGGUUUUCUUCAAUUUCCCGCUUGUUACGUGGAUCAUCUACGAGAUUGCAAGGAUACCCAGCGGAAAUAUGGGUAUCUAUGAUCCAACGGAGAUUCACAACAGAGGAAUGGUGCAGAAACACUUGAGAGAUUGUAUGAUCAAUCUCGUCUUCUAUCUCAUGGCUUUCUUCAUCUAUCUCUACUGCAUGAUUAUGGCGAUGCUGAAGGGAGAUCCCAUCCGGAGGCACGAAGAUGGUGACAUAGUCACAGAAUUCUGAUCUCACUGCCCAUCUAAGUCACUAGAGUUGCUCAAGACUGCUG